CGGCGGCGGCGGCGAGGUCGGCCAUGAGCGAGGUCCGGCACGCGCUGCUCCGCCGGGACGCGCUGAGCGCCGCCAGGGAGGCGCUCUACCACCUGGACGUGCUGGUCAGCGGGCAGCUGCAGAGCGCGGCGGCGCUUCCAGCCGGGGACGCGGGCCCGGUGGAGCUGCUGGAGGAGUUCGUCUUCCAAGCGCUGCAGGAGCGCGGCGGGGCGCAGCCCAAGAGGCUGACGGCGGUGCAGGAGCUGCAGCUGCUGGAGACCCUCUGCGGCUACUUCCAGGAGCAGAGCAAGGAGGCGGUGCGGCAGGUGGUCUUCUCGGCGCUCUUCGCCCCGCAGGGCAACAAGGCGGACGAGAGCCGCAUGGCGCUGCUGGGCAAGCUGGUCUCCGUGGCCGUGGCCGUCUGCCGGGUGCCCGUGCUCGAGUGCGUGGCCUCCUGGCUGCAGCGCACCCCGGCCGUCUACUGCGUGAAGCUAGCCCGGGCGCUGGUGGACGACUAUUGCAGCCUGGGACCCGGCUCUGUCCAGACCCUCCAGCACAUCUUCAGCGCCAGCCCUCGAUUCUGCUGCCAGUUCAUCACUGCCGUGGCCAUGCUCUACGACCUGUCCUCAGAUGACCUCAUCCCCUCCCCUGAUUUGCUGGAGAUGGUCGUCUCUUGGAUUUUUGAAGACCCCCGGUUGAUCCUGAUCACCUUUCUGAACACACCUAUUGUUACAAGCCCGCCCAUUGGCUUUCUGGAGCUUACUCCACUCUGUGGCCUGAUCUGCUGGUGCGUGAAAGCCCCGUUGGCUUACAAGAGACAAAAGCCGCCUCCCUCCAAUGGGGCUUUUGGCGGGAAGAUGGAUUUGCUGGACAGCUUUGACAGGGACUGCCACCUGCUGUAUUCCAAGCUGCACCUCAGCAUCCUUCAGGUGCUGAUGCUGCUUCAGGGGCACCUGACCGAGAAGAACCUGUAUGGACGCCUUGGGCUGGUGACUGGGGAGCAAAUGGCUUCCCUGGUGGAGGACGUGCGCCUUCUUUCUGACAAGCUGAACCCUCUCCAUGCAGCCAAGGAGAUCGAGCUGGCAUUGGACCGGCUGGCCCAGGUCAUGCAAGUGGCCAUGGCCUCUGGAGUGUUACUUUGGACAAGAGAGAAUCUAAGGACAGUGUGCUCUGGGUUGCCACAUAACAACUUGCUCCAGCUGGUGAUUUCGGGUCCAGUCCAACCGUCAGCCCAUGCUGCUCUGCCCCCAGGAUUUUAUCCCCCUAUCCACACCCCUCCGCUUGGAUACCCUGCCCACGCCACUCAUCCUGUGCAGGCCUUCAUGCCAGGCAUAGCGUUUCCAUACCGGCCCAUUCGCUGAAGGCUUGGCUCCAGCACUUCGUCUUUUUCAUGCCUUGGGGAGGGUGGGAUUUCUAUAUUUAUUAGAAAACAGGUCUUAAAAGAAGGAGAUUGUCUUUAAUUGG